AUGGCCACCAGCGAAACUGCAAGGUGGAAGGCAGAUGCUGUCACACGCAUGGUCCAGGAUGCCAGACUGCAAACGACCUUCUUACAGUCGCCCCCCGGCGUCCGCCACACCGUACGAAAUACAGCAGCUCCGGGAUCAUCACUGCGGGAGUAUUGGGAGCGUAAGAAAUACAUCGGCUGUGGUGGAUUUGGAUCCGUCCACUUGGAGAAAUGUGUCGAUAUCGAGGUGCUUAGGGACGACAGUGACUACGACGGUGGUGCUACAAACAAAAUCGGCUCACUGAGAGCUGUCAAAGAAGUUUCACAGACUAAAUGCCAAUCUAAUCUGUCUGAAGAGUUCCUACGUGAACUACACAGCCUUGUUUUCUUCACCCAGCCCAAGUACGAAUACCAUUUUGUCCAAACUUAUGGAUGGUACGAGAUAAACCGGACGCUGUACAUUGCAAUGGAAUACUUGGAAUUGGGAGACUUGCAAUCCCACCUGGAGGACAGAGGCCCCAUCAAAGAGACCGACGCCAAGUUCAUCAGCAAGCAGAUCCUACGUGGCCUCGAAUUCAUGCACGAAGAAGGAUUCGUUCACAGAGACCUCAAGCCUUCAAACCUUUUGAUCAAACAAAUGCCUCCAGACGGACCCUGGUGGGUCAAAAUCUCCGACUUUGGCCUCAGCGAGAACAUCGAGCAGUCCUGGACGUUGCCAUCCACUGUCUGCGGGACUCCCGGCUUCAUGGCUCCUGAGCUGUUGGGACUCAGGACGCCUGGGAAUCAGCUGUCCCAGCUCGACAAGUGGAAGGCGGUUGACAUCUGGGCCUUCGGGGAGACUGUGUACCGACUUCUAACAGAAAUGUCGCCUUUCGGGGACAACAAACAAGAUUUGGGCGCGUAUUUUCGAGACGAGACGGACUUUCCUGUGAAACCCUUGAAGCGGAAGAACGUCUCCGCCGACGGCAUCGAAUUCAUUCGCUAUUGCAUGGCCCCGUGCCCAACCGAUCGUCCAUCAGCAAAUGCUGCUCUGGAACUCCUCGGAUGGCCGAUGACCCAUUGCAAAAACAGAAACAUGAGCACCCAGACCACCCGCACGCUUUCAUGCAAGGGGAAACAGCCCCCGUUUAUUUUGUUCACUCCCGACGGAGAUCACUUGCUCGCCAUCGAAGCACAAAGAGUUCUCGUCUGGAACAUCGAGUCGAAGGCUGUCGUCAACUCGUACACAGCUGAUUACAAUACGCACUUCUGCCACGGCUCGAUCCAUCCGGAUGGAACAUACCUUUGCGUCACUCAAAAAGAAUUGCGGAAGCCUUUGAUCCUUGGAGACGCCAUCAGUUUUGAGUACUAUUCCUUUAUCGAUGAUUACCUCGAUAAAGGUGAAAACCAUGCGGCCAUAUCUACGUUCUCUCCCGAUGGCGAGACACUCGUCACCGCCCGCAGUGACGUUCUGUGCCAGAUCGACAUCAAGGAUCGCUGGACAGCUGCCAACCAAUACUGUGUAGCUGCUAUCCCAAACCCCAACAGAGACAGGCGUGAAAGCAGGAUUGAAGAGUUGCGAUUCACGGAAAAUGGGUCGGAGCUCGUAGCGGCGUGCCAUGAUCAUGUCGUCGUCAUGGACACCGCGACCAACUGCUGGUUCAAAAGGAAAGUGAUCGAUUAUCCCUGCUCGGCCAGCCCGAGCAGCUUUGACACCUCUUCGAGCGGCCUGAUGGUUGCAUGUGGAUCCACGACCGGCGAGCUGUGGCUCCAGACGGCCGAGAUGGGUUGUUGGGUGAGGCUGGUGAUGCCUUCGGGCGGCCCAGGCGCGACGUCCGAGCCGGUGGAGAAUGUUCGAUUUUCCGCCACUGGAAAUUCAAUUCUAUACAACAUACGUGGUCGUUCGGGGGUGAAGUUCUGCAGAUCUGCUCCUCUUGACCAAAGUUCAUACGCAUACAACCUGAACUUUCAUCCUGGGCGGCGGCUGGGACAUUCGCUCACAAGACAGGGCAUCGGAGCCACUGCACUUGGUGGUGAUUGGGGCGCCAGUGUCAUCUUCUGGAAAUAUGAGUUUUAUCGGGCGGAGUGA